AAGAAGAAGGUCAGAAGUGUCUAUCUCUUUCUAGUUAAGUUAGCAUAAUGACAUCUCCUCCAUUUGAAGAAGUUGAACUGAACAGGAAACACGAAGAGAUAGCAUUAAGGCUGGCAGUUUAUCACCAGUUCACCCUAUGGGCACAAGGAAGAAUUACAUGCGCAAGCGGUGCAAAAUAAAUUCUAGGGAAGAGGACUGUGCUCCUUCGGCAGAUGGAGAGUCGAUAUGAGCAACAGAAGAGCAAGAGGAGGCAGCAGGUGAAGCUGUCACAAGCUGCACAUGAGAGAAAUUCCCAGCUCCUCCAGGACUUGCAGAAAAUGGAGAAUCGUCUCAGAACAAGAGAACUCCCACACCCUGACAUCCUCAAUUUGGAGACUCGUUACUGGGCAUCAGUUGAGGAGAAGAUCCCAGAAUGGGAGCGCUUCCUCCUGGGUAAGGGCCCACAUCCUAGCAGUGACCCUAGCAGAACACCUAAACAACAAAAACAGAAAACUACACCCAGAGACCAUGCCCCCACACAAGAUGGGGCUCUGCCUCCUCGUCCUAUACUGAAACAUGUCAAAUGACCUGAAGUGGACAAUCUGUUUUGGCUUUUGACUUAAUCUUAUGUGAUCAACAUGGAGUGAAGGAGAAACUAAAAUCAGUUGACAGUUACACUGUAGAUUGAGGUUAUUGUGAGGUAAAUGCUCUUUUUUCUAUAGGCCAUAUUUAGGAAAACAGCCCAUAUGAGACUAUCAGAAUAACAGCAUUCUUAGCACCAACAUUAUUGUGUAGGCAUCAUGUUGAUUUCCAUUGUAUGUACACUGCAGCUCCUUUUUGUGCUCAGCCAUUUUGAUGUCUCAGGGUGAAGCUCAGAUUUAGCCUAUUACCCCUCAGUCUACACAAUUGCUGCUCUUGAUUGCAAUGUUUACAAGCAAUGCUCACACUUUCAGUGUGAUGGUAUUGCCUUUAACACUUUAUGGUAAUCCCAUCCCAUCACAAUUGUAUUUGAAACAAGGAAUAUGGUGUCUUUGAAUUCAUGGCUCAUAUCUGCCCACUAGGGGGAAGUAGCACCAUAUAUUUGGAUAACAAAGGCACAUUCCUUCAGUUAGUUAGACUCAGGUCAUUCACUUUGUCUGUCACUCAGCAAUGAUUUAUUCAAAUGUGCUCUUAUUUAUUUGCAUGUAUUGUCUGUAUACUAGCUAUGUUCUUAUGUGUACAUUAAAGCACCUUUUUUUGUUCAUA